GUGCAGUGCACAGUACGUAACCUAAAUUAUAGUUAGAUAAAUUUAUUAUUAAUAAAUAUUAAAAACAAUGUUCAAUAUUGUUGUUCCUGCUAAAAGAAUUGGUACGAUUUUUCCAUCUUGGAAAAAUAAUAUGCGAUCGUUUGGUUAUCUGAGAAGAAUAAGGCGUGCAUUCAGAAAAUAUGUUUAUCAGACGGAAAGUAAACCUCCUUAUUUUCAUGUUACUCAAAUUGGCGACCCUGUUUUACGCGCCCCAACUUUGCCGGUAAAUCCCGAAGUUAUCGACAAGUUUCAAUUUAAACUUGCAUUAGAACAAAUGAAAAGAGUUAUGAAACUUUAUAAUACUGUUGGAUUAUCCGCCUGUCAAAUUGGUUUACCAUGGAAAGUUUUUAUGAUACAUGUUAACGAACAAUAUUUAAAAGAAGUUGGUGAAGAAAUAAGUAAAAUUCGUGAAAUGGAAAUAGUACCAUUACAAGUAUUUAUUAAUCCUAAAAUUCGAAUUAUUGAUCAUAAAUUAAUUACCUUUCCCGAACUAUGUGCUAGUGUUCGAGGUUACACUGCAGAAGUACCCAGAGCAAGAGAAGUUGAAAUUACGGCUCUUAAUGAGUUGAAAGAACAAUUUACUGUAAGGUUCAAAGGUUGGACUGCGAGAAUCGUUCAACAUGAAAUGGACCAUUUAAAUGGAAUAAUAUACACUGAUAAAAUGAAUAAAGCAACGUUUUCUUGCUGUUAUUGGGACGACAUUAAUAGGCAUAAAGGACUCAUAGAGAUACGAUUCGAUUCGUAAAAUUCUAAGGAAAGUUUAGAAAAAAUCAAUAGGGAAAUAUGUACGAUACAAUCAAUAGCAGAAUACAUAACAUUAUAUUUAUAUGUAUAUAUACAUAUAUAUACAUACAUAUGUAUGUAUAAUAUAACAAUGCGUAUACAAUUAUAUUCUGCAUUGCUUUAUCAUUGGACACAUUUAUGGUAUCAAUGUAAUAUUCUUGACAUCGUUUCUUAUUUUUUAUCUUUUAUUAAAUGUAUCUUCUAGAAUCACAGAUCCUAGGAGAGAAAGAGAGAGAGAGAGAGAAAGAAAGAAAGAAAGAGAGAGAGAGAGAGAGAGAG